AUGGCUUCAGGCGUAGCAUACCGCUGCCCGGAUCUAAGGGGCUACGCCCUAACAAUACGCCGAUUCUACGCCCGCGAACCAACCCCGACAGCAAGCCUCUACAAAGCCCCACCCUCGAAACGCUCAAGGGGCAGACCUAAACCCAUUGGCCUGCUAAAGCGCCUUCCCCUCGAGCUCAUUCACGCCGUUCUCCUCAACCUCAACUACACGAGUCAUAAACAAACUCCGCCUCGUCAACAGAACCGCCCGCCGCAUCGUCGAGUCCCUCCCCGCCUACUCCCUCCUCCGGACCCACACCCCCGAUACGCUCCGGGUAAUGGAUGCGUCCAGAUGACCUGCCCCGGCCGCGAAUUCGCUCCACUCCUCUACCUCCCCACGAUGACCCGCUCGUGCUUCAAAUGCAAUAGGGUCCGAGGCGAGUAUCAGCCACGCCUGGUAACCGAUAUCUAUUCCACGUACGCGCUGUCGUGGCGGGAUAUGAACAACAAGGUACACCCGCUCCCCGUCAUCCGCACCAUACCCAUUCACCCUCCAUGGGCCCCGCGCCGCAUAGCGGAUAUUGGACAGGCACUGGAGCUGGCUAUAACCAUCCACGGGAGCCUCGCGGCUGUGGAGCACGCCGCCAGGGAGAGAGAAGAACGUAACCGGACAGCGUACCAGGCCGCUCUGAAGGAAUGGGUCAUAUGGAAUGGAGAUGGCGAGGAAGAGGACAACACGAAAUGGAGAAGGACGAGGAAGGGGAAGAAAACACGGUCUCCCUCGCCGACUCCAAUCCCGCGCCGGCCCCGUGUCCCGCACAAACGAUUCAAAUCACUGCUGACCGGCCAAGGAGCGGAUAACUGGCGGUUCCGUGCGACAGUCGCGUUCCCGUACUUUGAUCGUAAGAUGCAGACGGUCGAGACGGGGGUGUAUUGCCGGGCGUGCACGUAUCAUUGGGACAAGGGAUAUGCGGACGACUGGAGACCUGCGGCCACGAGUUUUCAUCCGCACUCGCCGAAUCGGGAGGCGAGGUUCCGGGCGUUUUUGGAGAAGGAUAUCCCGGCGCAUUUUGCCGUGUGUAAGAAUAUGAAUAGGGGGUAUGACUUUGCGGAGAGCAGAUUACACCCUUUGGAACGACAGGCGGAUGGGGAGGACUUUUUCGUGUUUCCUGAAGAUUGGGAGUAA